GCUAGGCUGUAAUAGUAGUUUCCAAUAAAGUUUCUGACUUUAUAUUACACAGCAAGAGCCUUGAAGGCUUGAACACCGAUAAAUACAGUUGUUCAACAAAGCGAAGGCCAAUACCAAACAAAAGAUCUCUGUCGAACAAAAUGGGCAGGAAGUUCUUCGUCGGCGGUAACUGGAAAUGCAAUGGAACCACUGAAGAAGUGAAGAAGAUAGUUAAUGUACUCAACGAAGGUCAAGUGCCAUCUCAAGAUGUCGUUGAGGUUGUGAUUAGCCCACCGUUUGUGUUUCUUCCUCUGGUGAAGAGUUUGUUGAAGCCUGAUUUUCACGUUGCAGCCCAAAAUUGUUGGGUUAAGAAGGGAGGUGCUUUCACCGGUGAGGUUAGUGCGGAGAUGCUUGUCAAUUUGGGUAUCCCUUGGGUUAUACUUGGUCAUUCUGAAAGGAGACUUAUCUUAAAUGAAUCAAAUGAGUUUGUAGGGGAUAAAGUUAAGUAUGCACUUUCUCAAGGCAUAAAGGUGAUCGCUUGUGUUGGUGAGACUCUUGAGCAGCGUGAGUCAGGAUCUACUGUGGAUGUUGUUGCUGCACAAACUAAAGCAAUUUCAGAACGAGUCUCAGAUUGGUCAAAUAUUGUUUUGGCCUAUGAACCUGUGUGGGCUAUUGGAACUGGAAAAGUUGCUACUCCAGCUCAGGCUCAGGAAGUUCAUUCUGAACUUAGGAAAUGGCUCCAUGCAAACACCAGUCCUGAGGUUGCUGAAACAACCCGGAUAAUCUAUGGAGGAUCUGUAAAUGGUGCAAACUGCAAGGAAUUGGCAGCUCAGCCUGAUGUUGAUGGAUUUUUGGUGGGUGGAGCUUCUCUUAAGCCGGAGUUCAUUGACAUUAUCAAGUCUGCCGAGGUGAAGAAAAGUGCCUGAAGCUUGCUGAGUGUGGCAAACUUUUGUUCUAUUUGACAUGGUUUAUAAGACUCUGGUUUUCAGCAGAGGAAAAGUGCCUGAGCUUGUUUCGGACAUAGUUCCUGAGCCUCUGAUUUUGGAAAUACUUUUUUGAGGGAAUAAGUUAAUGCUUUUGUAUUUCCAUAAGCACUUCGAACUGGAUUUUAUCUGUCAAUAAAUCAUUCUAUUUCCCUCACCAUGUGUAGUUUAUUCUUGGCUGCCUGUGCUUCUCUCUCUUUGUUUAUAUUAUCUCCUGGAUUCAUCGA